GUAUCUAUGCAAUUUAUCGUAUUCUGGUAGUGCUAUUGCCAUUUACUAAGUUAGAAAAAUAUCUUUCUUCAGUCACUCCCUUCGCAAUGCCUUUCCUGUGCCAUUGACACAUGAUGGGCUAUUGCCUGCACACAACUGACUUACGUCCUACUAUUGAAGACGAUUGCUUACCGUGAACGAUGGAGAACAACCCCCAAAGCAAUGAUCCAGAAGAGCAACGACCACGAGUUUCAUCUCGAGAGUAUUCUGGCCAGAGUGUUCCUGAAUCAUCUUCACCGGCACACUCACGUCCGAGAUAUGCAGAAUUCAGCUUCGGUCCAGCUAGUUUGAGGCAUCGAGUUGCGAGCACAGCUGGAAGCCCAGGCCCAGCGAGAUCCUUUCUUGCCCCACGCGACUACAACAGAACCUCUGUCGCUAUUGCACCAUCGACCUUCCAUGAUCCAGAUACAGCCUCAAGGACAUUCUCUUUGGCAGGGCCAGCACCUAUCGAUGCCAACACGUCUAAUCAACCAUACGUUGACCCUGGUUACGCACAACUGAACCCUGCCUAUGAUCAACCGCCUAACGUUCGGCCAGUAUGGGGUCUGGCAAAACCUUUGCCACGAGUGCUGCGACCUGGCAUGGUCCCAGCCAAAGAUGAGCUAGAACAGGAAGCUGUGGAAGAGAGAGAAGCACCACCGCAUGCAGACAUCGAAGCUGGUAGAAUCGAGCCGACACUUCGUCUGGACAAGGCGUCUUCUCAACUUGACACGAUUCGCCGCGAGAGAGAACUAUCGCUUUUCCGAGCCUAUCAACACCACCUUUCUGAAUCCCCGACACUGUCAGCCGUUGGGGCUAGAAGAAGAUCGUCAGAUGCGCGGACCGAGACACCCACAACUCGCGUCCGGACUCAUCAGACUAUACCAGAAGAGUCAUUGCCAGAUGUGGAAGCAUUUCCUCAGUUGAGCGAGGCUAUUGCGACAGUCCACCAAGCACGCGAGGAGCAGGAGGAAACAAAAGCUCCUUACCAAGAUGCUGUACCCUUGCCUGCGUAUCAAGCUGAGGAUGACGAGAUUCAUAACCUUCAUACCUAUUGGUCAAUCGUUCGUUUGAGAUUCCGUGAACCUCUUGCGGAACUUCUCGCGAUAACUGUCCAAUACACUCUCGGAUUCAGCGUAAAUCUCUCGCUCACAGUCUCUCGUGGUACAGCCGGCGCCGGUGAUACAGGGUCUUGGGCUUGGGGUCUUGCCACCAUGGUUGCUAUUUACAUCGCAGGUGGCAUCUCUGGAGCUCACCUCAACCCAGCAAUUUCAGUCAUGCUUUAUAUUUUCCGCGGCUUCCCCCUUUCCAAAAUCCCCAGCUACGUCGCUGCGCAGAUGUUGGGAGCUUUUCUUGCCACUUUGAUUGCUUUCGGGAUUUUCAAACCAGGCUUAAUGGCGCUGCUACAUGAGCAAGGAUCGUUGUCACUUCAGAGUGGGAUCAACGAUCUCUCCUCGUCAUCCAUGUCGACAUUGUCUCCGACGAUCGUACUGUCUAAUUUCAUCACGUUCCCGCGCACACCGUGGGUCGACACAGGCACCGCAUUCCUGACCGAGCUUAGUGGGACCACAAUACUUGUCAUAUCUGUUCUGGCGCUGGGAGACAACACCAACGCCCCCCCUGGGGCGGGCAUGAAUGCCUUCGUCGUCGGACUUCUUAUCGCCGUGCUAGGUAUGGCGUUUGGGUACAACACAGGGCUGGCAAUGAACCCCGUGCGCGACUUUGGUCCCCGUCUCGCGCUAUGGGUUUUAGGAUAUGAUCCAGAGCUCCUCUUUGCCGAUGGUUACUGGUUCAAAGUCAACUGGCUUGGUCCUUUGACCGGGGCAAUCCUAGGUGGCUUCUUGUACGAUGCCUUCAUCUUUGUUGGCGGAGAGUCGCCUGUUAACUAUCCGACCAGGCGGAUCAGACGAGCUGCCAGGAAGUGGAGGAAGAGGUGGAGGGCCAGGAUGAGGAGGACGAAGAAGAAGGUUGGAGGAAUCAAAGGCGGCGUGCUUGGAGGUGGGAACAGAGGCUACGAGGCUGUCGAAGGAUAAAGCUUUCGUGUCUUUAGUUGAUUGUUCGGAUAUCUGAAACACGGCGGAUAGCUAGAGUUGCGAUCUGCAUAGCAUCCUGAGGCAUACACGAUUGUCCAAAAGGAAAUGUAUUUGCAAUAUAUACUUAGAGGGCUAUGGGAGGCGUGAGGAUGAGUCGAAGAUGGAGUGUCUAGCAGAAACUGUGGAUGCG